AUGCCCAAGUUCCGGCGGAGCGCGAAGCGGACGCCGACCGGGAGCGACGCGGCGUACCAGUCGCUGCGUCGGCUGCUCCUCUCGCCGUCUGCGAAUGCGAACCAACUCGAAGCGAUGGACCGCAAUGCGCUGUACGGCUCGAUCGGACUCUACUUGUCGGCGAUGGCGCUGCCGAACGUCACCGAAUUCGCCCAGGUCCUGGUGACCUCGCCGUCGCUCUGGACGCCACCUGCCCGGAAAGAUGCUGCGCAGGUACUUGUGACGCGCGCUACAUCCCUAGUGCAGGCGCUGCUCUUUGCCGUCGACGAGCGCAUCUCACUCAUCACCGACAACGUCGGCCGCCAUGCACCGCAGUCGGCGCCGGGCGAAAUGAGCGCAUGGGUGCGCGCGGUGCUCGACGGCAUCCACCAGGCACUCGAGGCGCAUGGCUCUCGCUCUGCGACGCUUCUGCCAAAGCUCACGCUCCUCACAGGCCUAUUGCGCGGCAUCGAGAGUGCCCGCACCCAGCGCAAGAAGCAGAACGACAAGCAGCGCGCGCGCGCGCCCCCUUUCCACCUGCGCCGCCUCUCUGGUACACUGCAGUCAGAGUGGGCUGCGUCGUGUGCGCAGCUGCUCCAGGCCGUGAGCGAAGAAAAGACGUCGCGCGCCGUGCACGGCGCGCGGCUUGCGGCGCUCGCGAUGGCCGCGCAGUGUGUCGAUAUCCUCCCCGAGGCGCAGAUGCAACUUGUGGACGACAGUCUGUGGAUCCAGUCUGCGUUCCCUGCGCUGCUCGACGUGUUUGGCUGUGCAUCCAACACACACUCCCUGGAUGGCCUGUUUGCCGACCUGGGCGAAAAAGACGGCCAGGUCGUCGUCGGCGAGCACGCGCGGUGCGUUGCGUGGACUUCAGCCGUGCAGGACCAUCCCCUGUAUAGCCUCGCAGGGCCCAUUUCGCGGCUGCUGGCGAGCGCGCUGCAGCGCCAGAGCCUUGCGUUGAACCCUGCGCAGGUCGAGCAGAUGCUUGGCGAGAGCGAUAUGCAGAUCCUAGUCACGCUGCAGACCAUCAGUGCCAAGCUCGACCACGCAUGGUGCUCGAGCAAGCUCGCUGGUGUGGAAAAAGACGGCAUCGAUCCCCUGAGCCACCCCCGCACGACGGCCGUCUGGCAGGUGUUCAAGACCUUCUUGUUCGCCGUGACGAUGGUGCUGGAUGCGGUGACGAACGCGGUUGUGGAGCGGUGCCCCUCGCCGAGCGAGACCUAUGCGCCAGCGCGCAACGCCCCCAAGCUGAACGGCUGGGAGGCGAUGGCGACGAGCAACACGCCUGCGCCCUACCUGCGUAUCAUGACCGAUGUGGUGCACGUCUACCUUCCCCUCUACUUCAUUACGUCGUCGUUCGGCCUGGACGGCUUUGAGUCCUACCGCAAGGUCUUUUACUCGGCGCUGGACGUGCUGAGCCGUGACCCCGAGGCGUGCACGCAGCUCACGGCGGCGCUGGCUGCGUCCGUACUAGGCAGCGACGCGCCUGGCGCCCAGUCGGCGCAGGCCGCGACCUUUGGCCAGCGCAUCCACACGACCUACUUUUUGCUGGUCGCCGAGCAGCUGGUGAGCGAGGUGCCGAACGCCAUGAUCGACCACCUGAUCCUGCCCAUGUGCCGCCCCUACCUGCAAGACACGAGCUUCCAGGACGCGUUCGAGUCGGCGCACUCGGUCAUCCUGGCGCUGUACACUGCUCAAAGCCCUUGCACGUUGGAGCUCGCUCCCUUUUAUGUACACUUGCUGCUGCGCAGCUACCCCACGCACCUCAGCGAGACGCAGCUGACCACGGCGCUGGACACGGUCGUCGCCUCGCUGUCAGACCGCAGCGACUCGCUGGCGUGGUGGUGCGUGGAGCAGGUCGACCAGGACAUCAGCCACGCGCGUCUCGGCGACGCGCAAAACGACCGUGUCCGUGUGCUGACGCAUGCGCUUGCGUCGCUCAUUUCCCACGUGAAUCUGGUCCUUUUGCGCUCGCUGCUGACCAAGGUCAGUGCGCAAAUCCUGUUGCUCCCCCAAGGGAGCCAAGCGCGGAGCGAGCUGGUCGAGGCGACCUUUGAGGCGCUUGGCGACAUGAAUGCGUCCACGCGUGAAGAGGCGAUGCGCUGGUGGCUCGACAAGAGCCCCACCUUUACGCUCGGCAUGCCUGCCGAUGCGUAA